AUGUCACGCAGGCAGGUAAAAGGCGACUAUAUCGAGACGGAAACCGGCAAUAAGGUCUCCCGCAAGGCAAACCUCCUCGGCACGCAAAACAUGGUCCUCGGGGGCAAAGUAGUCAUCCAGCCCGAAGUCAUGAUCCGCGGCGACCUCGUUCGCACCGCGCCCUCCUCCUCGUCGUCCGGCGGCACCGCGGCGCCCAGCACGACCGCCAUCCAGACCGGCCGCUACUGCUUCUUCUCCAAGGGCGUCGUGCUCCGACCGCCCGGGCGCCGGUACAAGGGCCAGUUCUCGCACAUGCCGAUGCGCAUAGGCCACCACGUCUUCAUCGGCCAGGAUACCGUGGUGCAGGCGGCGACGAUUGGGGACCAUGCGCGCAUUGGCAAGAAUUGCGUCAUUGGGGAAUUCGCCAUAAUCAAGGAAUGCGUCGAGGUCCUCGACGGCGCCGUCGUGCCACCGAACAUGGUCAUCCCCAAUUACUCCAUCGUGGCCGGGCAGCCAGCCAGGGUGGUCGGCGAAGUGCCGGAAGGCGGAGGGCCUGACGAGAAUGGCCUCCGAGGGCUAUACAGCACUGUCGGAAACAAUCCCCAGAAUCCCGACAUGUAG